UUGCAUAGUGAGUAUUGUUUGAGAGCGAAAGCGUUUACAAAAUUCAUACCGUUUGUUGAGUAUUUCACUGUUUUAAAUUAUUUGCUAGAAAAGAACAAAAAAGUAUAUUGCAAAGAGUCCAACGAGCAAGAAAUUUGAGAAGUAGACGAAGGCAACAAAAAAAUAAACUAGUGAAUUAGUUUGAAUUUUUAUUGACACCAUUUGGAAAAUUCCAUUGUACUGGAAUCGAACAAUUCAUUAACAACGACUUGUGAAAAUGCCAACACGGAUCGUUUAUUGAUGCUAAACAUCUUGGAUACCAAAUCAUCUCAAGAAUUAAAAAGAAUUUUAUGUGAAACGAUUCACCAAAUUGAAACACAAAUCGAUUUUUAGAAUCGAAAUCAAAGGGAACUUCGUUUAUGCGUUUCAUUACCAGUAGCGUGUAGGACAGAUUAAAUAGCAAAAAAAAAACUACCCAAGCAUCCCGUAAAAUUAAUCCAUUGAGGUUGUGGGAUACGUCGUAUAUUUUGUUGGUUUCAUUUAUGCUAUGAAAGCCCUUUGUCUCAUCGAGAGCACAUUACAAUCGUACGAGAUAUUCGAUUUGUUGUUGUUUUUUUUGUAAUUUGUGAAUAUAUAACAUACAAGUUGUGUGUUUAGCGUGUAUCACAUCUCGGCUGAAAAUCGCACCAAUUGCAAAGAAGAAGGAACGUGAAGCGACAAAAGAAUAAAAAAAGAACGAACUGUAAGCCGACGAAGGAAUUGAAGAAAACAAACGCAUAAGAGCACAGAACACAAAACAAAAACGGCAAAAAAAUUUUGAGGGAAAAAAAACGUGUUGAAAAGGAAAAGAGAAUCGACAACAAGCUAAAACGAAAACUAUUGCAAUCCAUUGUUACAACGCAAAGAGAGAGAAAAAAAUCAUUUGUCGAAUACAAGCGAAUGGAUAGCGUGUGUGUAACAUAAGAAAUAAAAAAAUAAGAAGGAAAAAAUUUCAUUUGAAACUAACUACACAAGAGAAGAAUUUCUUUGUGUUGUUCAUUUUGUUUGGAUAGAGAUAUAACUCACAUGUGGUGCAUCCAUCAAAUACAUUCCGAAACAUAAAAUCAAUUCGAUCAUUUUAAUGUUUGUGUGCUUGUCUCUGCAUUAAAUGUACCUUAUAUCCAUUUAAUAUUGUGACUUACAAUCACAGUUGAACAUCUCGCCAGUCAAAUUCAAUAAUACAAAGUAGUGUGUAUGUGUGUUUACAGUUUAUGAAUUUCCAUUUAUUUGUAUUUGCUGAAGUAUUUCGUGAUUAAAUUUCACAAACCACAUGCAAACAAGCCGAACGAAAAAUUAUUAAGCAUUUCGAACAGCAAUAACAGCAAAGAGCAAUUUCGCAGUGCACAUCAUAAUUUUUGAUCGCGAAAUUAAAUUCAAUUAAAAGUUAAAACAGCCGUGGAAAUUCUAUUGUUUAUCCCUCUAUAAGCUAGAACGAGCACAGUGAUUAAAUAUAAAAUCGGUGUUAUAAAAGCAGAUGAAAAAAAAUCGAAACGUUUUUCAAUUAAAUCAGCCGAAACAAAGUACGUGUUUGGUGUUCUAAUAGAAAACUCAAACGAAAUACAGUGUAGUUCAGGUACGAGAUAUACAUAAAUAUAAAAAAAAGAGAUACAAUCAUCAUCAAGUCAGAGCAGGACGAACCGAUAAAAAUGUUGUUUGAAAAUCCAGCAGUAGCGGCAAAAUUGCCAUUCCCAUACACAGUGCCACCACCGAUGCAGGCGGCCACUGCAGUUCCACAACUAAGCGCUACCAUCGAGAAUGGCACAUUGAUCUCACAUGACUUGCAUAAUGCCCUUGCGGUGAUUAAAAAUGAACAGGUCAUCUCACAACAACAACAACAACAACAACAGCAGCAACAACCACAAAAUGCAGCCAUUGCUGUUGCCUCAACAGCCACUACAACGACCAUAAAUAAUGGUACAACUACUGCAUCGCAUUCAGGUUCAUCGGGUCGAUCGACACCAAACAACACAGACUCUGCACCAGGAAAACUCUUUGUUGGUGGUCUAAGCUGGCAAACAUCGGCCGAUAAACUAAAAGAAUAUUUUGGAAUGUUCGGAAAUGUCACAGAUGUUCUUAUCAUGAAAGAUCCCGUUACACAGAGGAGCCGUGGAUUCGGUUUUAUCACAUUCUCAGAGCCUAGUAGCGUAGAAAAUGUUCUCAAAGUGCCAAUUCACACAUUAGAUGGAAAGAAAAUCGAUCCAAAGCAUGCCACACCAAAAAAUCGACCGAAACAAUCGAAUAAAACGAAAAAGAUUUUCGUUGGUGGCGUUAGCCAAGACACAUCAUCCGAUGAGGUAAAAGCCUACUUCAAUCAAUUCGGUAAAGUUGAAGAGACUGUGAUGUUAAUGGAUCAACAAACAAAACGGCAUCGUGGUUUUGGUUUUGUCACAUUUGAAAAUGAGGAUGUUGUCGAUCGAGUAUGCGAAAUUCACUUUCAUACUAUCAAAAAUAAGAAAGUCGAAUGCAAGAAAGCUCAACCGAAAGAAUCAGUCGCACCGACUGCACAAUUGUUGCAGAAACGUUUUAUGCUCGGCGGUUUGGGCGUUCGAAUGGUACCACAAACUCAAAUGAGCCAAAUGAGCCAAAUGACCCAAAUGAGCCAAAUGGGCCAAAUGGCUGGACCAGUUGCUGCCGCAAGUGCGAUCAAUCCAACUCAACUGCAAGUAGUACAAGCUCAGGCACAGGCAGCUCAAGUUGCUGCUUUGCAGGCUCAACAAAAUGCCGCUGCUGCCAACUUUGGUAAAGUGUUCUCCGCGUAUCCACCGUUACAUAGUUUUAGAUAUGCGCCAUAUCCAAUGCCGACGGGAGCUGCGUCAGCCGCAACAGGCCAUCCUCAUGCUGGUGCCACAUCGUCAGCGGCAGUAGCACCGCAAACCGCUCACGUUCAACAACAACCACAACAAACUCAUCAACCACCGGGCAUGGCACAGGCCCAGGCAGCCACCGCUCAGAUGGCUCAGCCAUUCCCGUAUGGCAUACCAAAUGUAGACAUGAGCAGUUUCCAAAAUGUUGAUUGGUCAAACAUCUACGGAAUGUAUGUCUAAACGCGAAACGAUCAAUCGAAAUGAACAAAAACUUUAGAAACUAUGUGUGAUGCAUAGAUUAACAAAACAAUUGAACACGAGACAAAUUAAGAAAUGAAAAACAAGAAAAAAAAAACACAAAAAAAAAAAUCAUUAAUUCAAUCUUUAACACUUUCAAUACGAAUGCCACAAGCAAGCGCGCAGCUACACAAAUUUAAUAAUUUACAUAGAGAUAAGUAAGACACAAAGCAAACACAAAUAAAACCAACCGAGAGAUCCAGAAAAAUUGUCUUUACCGAAUCGAGGAUAUGCGUGCCAAAUAGCAAAGAAAAAAACAAAAACAAAUUAUACAACACGCGAAUCAUAACAAAUGAUGGAUCUUCAUAACACAAGAUGCGUGUUAGAUUUUAAAUUAGAGAGAGACCAAACAGCGGGACAAACAACGAAUCAAAUGAAGUGGAAAUUAGACAGCGUUUUAUCAUUUGCAAUGAGUGCCAUCGAAAAUAUGUGCUGAGACAGUGUUCAGCAUCAAACAAACUCAAACCGAGAUAUGUAUUGCAAUGAGAGAGAGAGAGAAGAAACCAAAAUAAGUAAACCAUUUUAUUAAAUUCAUCACUAUUCUAAAGUGAAUCCCGUUCAAUCAGUUUUUAAACGAAUAUAACACUUAUCUGUACCUUGUUCAUUUUCAUUUUAAUUUCGAUUUUAUUUUGUUCGUUCAAAAUUUUAUCAAUUUUAGCUUAGAGAGUAACAUUUCAAAGAGUCCCAAAUCAAUUGAACAUUUACUAGAAUCUCACCAGAUUUUUUUUUUUAACUAUGUAUUCAUUAACCGUAAUCAAAAUGAAUCUAAUAUUAUAGAAAUGGUCUCAUUUUAUUUAUAGUCAAUUAUAAAUACAAAUACAAAAUAGCCUAAUAACAUGAUUUGAUUGGAAAGAAAAUCGACUCCAAAUAUGUACCAUUCACAAGUAAAUGUUUACGAACAAAAACAAAAAUACUGUACAUUGAAAUUCUGUAGAACCACAAUGGAAGUGACAACAUUUUUAUCCAAAUUGCCAAUUGCACUGAAGCAUCGAUAUCACAGUCACAACCUUGAUUUUAGCUUAAUAAAUGUUUAGGAUUUUGAGUUUCUUUGCGAAAUUCAUUUAUUUCAUUUUAGUGUAUUGGUUCGGUUUGGCUAAGGCACUUUUAUGUAAAUCCAAACAAAAAAGUAAUUCGGAUUCUUUUUUAUUUUGAUUUAUUAAACAAAAAUAUAGAUGAAUUUCAAACGAAAUUAAUUCAUAUCACUAACAACUAUGGAACAUUUAGUCAAUUAUAAUCUAUUUAAAUCUGUUGAA